AUGUCCGCCGAGGCGAUGCCGCUCCUUUGGGAAACAGUAGUACACCCCGCCAGCGCCGAUAAUCCUCUCCCCGGAGGAGGAGGAGGAGGAGGAGGCGAGCCCCCGCUGCCACAGAACAUCGGGCACCGGGGGUACAAGGCGGCGUUCCCGGAGAACACCAUGGCCGCAUUCCGCGGCGCAGUGGCAGCUGGCGCACACGCCAUCGAAACAGAUCUGCAUCUGUCUCGCGAUGGCGUAGCAGUGCUGUCUCAUGACGGCUCCCUGAAACGCUGCUUCGGGAUCGACAAGAAAAUCGCCGACUGCGACUGGGAGUACCUGCGCACCCUCCGGACCACGCAGCAACCCCGUCAGGGCAUGCCGCGGCUGGCCGACCUGCUCGAGUGGCUGACAGGACGGGGGCUGGGGUCGGUUUGGGUGCUGCUGGACAUCAAGCUGGACGACGACCCGGAGCUGCUGCUUGCUGCGAUUGCGCGGGCCAUCGCGUCCGUGGCUCCAGGAGAGGGGUGUCGUCCGUGGAGGGAGAGGGUUGUUGAGAACUACGUGCACCUCGCCCGCACGCACCUCCCCUCCUUCCCGCUCGCCUACAUCGGCUUCUCCCUCGUCUACGCCAAGCGCUUCCUCUCCGAUGCCCACCCAGACGUGCACUUCAACCUGUUCCAGCCCGUGCUCGUCGGCCCGCUGGGCGCCCGCUUCCGCCGCGAAGUGCGCCGGCGCGGCCGCCGGCUGUUUGUCUGGACCGUCAACGACGAGCAGUGGAUGCGGUGGAGCUGCAGGAAGGGCGUCGACGGCGUCGUGACCGACGAGGUGGGCAGGUUUGCGGAUGUCAGGGAUGGGUUUCAUCGGGCGUAUAGUAGUAGUGAUGGUGGUGGCGGCCAAGAUAAGAAGAUGGCGCUGGCGGCACGGGAUGGUCGGCGCGCCGGGGGUGGCUGGCCGCGUACGGUGACGCUGUACGUCAAGGCGUUUGUGCUGCAGGGCGCGGCGCUGCUGUUCACGGUGUUGUUGUGGCAUCGGUUGAGUAGCCGGGGAGCGAAAGCGAGGAAGCGGCUGAAGGCGAAGUUGGUGCCGGACAAGACGUGA